AUGGUUUUUAUACUUUGCUGCCAAGCCAUUGUUGACCGCCUCUGGCUCUCUUCCACCCUUCACGUGGUUGUGCGAAAAAAGCCCUUCGAAGAAGUCGGUCGACUGACAUACGCAGCACAUGGUCAAGCCAGCGCAAACUAUGCAGUGCGCAAUCCUCGAGUUUCCUUCAACCCUAUCUUCUACUUGAACACCACAUUGCAUGUAGCUGACAUAAUCAAAUCCAGCUGGAAUCCAAUUGAGCAUCCGGUCACCAGAAGAAAGCACGAGGGUUGGGAUACAGCUAGGUUCCUUGAGCACAGACAGGGGAAUUCGAGAGACAGAGGUAGGCGCAAUCCUCGAGUUUCCUUCAACCCUAUCUUCUACUUGAACACCACAUUGCAUGUAGCUGACAUAAUCAAAUCCAGCUGGAAUCCAAUUGAGCAUCCGGUCCGUGGUUCGAACCCGACCUCCACCUCUCGACUUCCCCUGUCUAGGCUUGGGCAACCUGGCAGUAUCCUAGCCCUCGUGAAACCUUCGGGUGGCGUGGCAGUUAGGCCCCGGAAGGGUGCUACAGCUGCAACUAAAUCUGUUAUGCAUUUAGGUCAUUCUGAAGCAAUGCACCAAGUCACGAAAAUACUGGGAAUCAAUCAAUUAAUUCAAUUUAUCAGCUAUGAUACGUGUGCCAUGGGCACAUUGGUUCCAGCUGUUACGGUUUCGAUCACCGGAAAACGGGAGUGUGGGACAUACAGCCAAGCUUUCGAGGCAAUGACAUAUUCAGUUUGCACAGAACUGCAGUCUGUUGGGGCGUAUGAUGAUACGACAAAUAAACAACGACCCGCGUUAAUCUUAAUUAAACCAAACAACCACAGCGCACAGGCGACUGUUUACUGGGAUCCAGUCCAGUAA